UUCAGAGUUCAAAGGGGGUAACGCUGUUGGUGAAUAGGGUUCUAUUCUUCCUACAACUGUAGCCUGCGUCAGUAUACGUUCCUAUUAAGGAAACAUGCUGUGGUCAGGGUUGUUCAGACGACUUGGUGGUUAUGGCAGGGUCGUGGUGCAGAGGAGAGGGAAAGGACGAUACUCUGCCCCGGCUGUCCGCACACCGUCCCUCCAGCAGCUGGCCCGGGCAGCAGACAGGUUCAACCUCGACCUGAGCCAAGCCGAGCUACAGGAAUUUCAGAAUUAUAUGAAGGGUACAUUGGAGUCCUACCAGCGGGUGGACCAGCUAGUGGAACCGCUGCCGACCGUCAAGUGGCCGCGGACGCCGGGCUGGCGGCCUGAGCCGAAGGAGAACCCGCACAAUGCAUGGUACUGGCGAACAGAGAUCACGGGUGCUCCUUCAGGCAAGCUUCAAGGCAAAACCGUGGCCAUCAAAGAUAACGUGGCCGUGGCGGGAGUCCCCAUGAUGGACGGCAGUAGGGUACUGGAGGGAUACAUUCCUGAGUAUGAUGCUACCAUUGUCACCAGGAUUCUUGAUGCUGGUGGAAUCAUCAAGGGAAAAUCAGUGUGUGAAGAUCUGUGCAUGUCCGGUAACAGCUUCACAUCAGCCACUGGCCCCGUGCUGAACGCGCACGACAACACACGGUCAUCGUCUGGCUCCAGUUCUGGGAGCGCCACUUUGCUGGCCCUGAAAGAAGUAGACCUCGCGAUAGGAGGAGACCAGGGCGGGUCGAUCCGCCUGCCCGCCGCCUGGUCCGGGGUGGUGGGGCACAAGCCGACCCACGGGCUGGUACCGUACACGGGGUGUGUUUCCAUGGACAUCACUAUCGACCAUGUCGGACCCAUGGCCAGGACUGUGGCAGAUACCGCACUCAUGCUGGAGGUCCUUGCUGGGUAUGACGAUGGCCUGGACCCGCGACAGUCGCCAAACCUGACGGUACCGGAGUACACCAGUCAGUUAACAGGAGACCUUAGUGGGAUCAGGGUGGGUCUGCUGAAGGAAGGGUUCGGCCAGGAGACGUCAGAAGCUGACGUGGACGACAUGGUGCGUGAGGCGGCUCACAAGCUGACGUCAGCGGGUGCUACAGUGGAGGAAGUCUCCGUCCCACUCCACUAUCCUGAUGGCACUCACAUUUUCAAUGCAGUGGCAAUUCAAGGGACCAUGCAGACCAUGAUGAAGGGAAACGGAGUCGGAGUAGGAUGGAAAGGUUUCUACCCGACGAGUAUGGUGGACGCUUUCACGAGAGGUUACAACUCUCGCGGGAACGACAUGUCAGCGGCAUUGAAGCAUGUGGCUUUGCUCGGCGAAUUCCUUGACGAGAACUAUGGAAACAGAUACUACGCAAAGGGACAGAAUCUGGUUCGAACGCUAACAAAAGCGUACAACGAGGCCCUGGAUACGCACGACGUCCUCAUAAUGCCGACUAUCCCGUUCAAACCGCUGAAGCUUCCGGACGAGGACGCGUCCAUCAGUGAGAUUUGUCACCAGGCUCUUGGCUCCAAGGAGAUUAGUCUGAUCCACAACACCUGUCCGUCGAACGUCACCGGACAUCCGGGUCUCAGCAUCAAUGCCGGGUUCUCACAGCCGGGACUUCCGGUCGGCAUGAUGAUCGUGGGCCGCCAUUUUGAUGACGCCACCGUGCUGAAAGUGGCGCACGCGUUCGAGAAGAUUCGAGAUUCGUAAAUUUGGUCCACACACUUGAUGAUGAUGUCUUUCACUUCUCGUUCAAAGAAAAAUGGCAAUUAUGCCUUACGUUAUACCUAUAUACCUGACGGCCUUACAUGCAUGCUUAGUAUAUGUAGAUUUCGUAUAUCACGGUUUUGAAUCAUGUUAUGUUCAGUAAAAUCUAAAACUGAAAGCUUGGAUCUAGCACACACAUGCACAAGAGGUCUUUGCGUUUAUAGUCUAUAUAGAUUUAACCCUAAACUACACACUUAAGAAAUAAUACUGUCUUAUAGGAUUUGAAUUUCCUUGAUAACUCAAAACAUAAUGUGAAUAGCGAUUUCUUGUCUGAUGAAUGAAUGAAGCAUUGUGUAAUACAGUAAUACAUGUACAUGUCAGGCUGUAAUACAGGUGGUCUAAUAUACAGGCGUACACUGAAAAUGACGUACAUGAAUACUUGUGGUACAAUGGAAAUUUAAGGCUGAUAUGCUAUGAUAUCCAGUUUUGGGUUGAUAUAAAUUAGGAUUUUACCAUGGUCAAUAUUGACCGAAGGAGGCCACAUAUGACACUUUAUGUCGUACCCUCUUGUGGAGAUUGAUAGCACUGCAGCCACGUGCACAACAUCCGGGAAUGCUAAUACUACAUGUAUGUAAAGGAUACCGCAAUAAAACACAGCGUCAUGUCAGCUCAGCCAAAUGAUAUCAACUUGGAAGUCAGGGAUCCAAUCUUAACCCCAUAUAGUUAUAUUU